ACGUUAUCGCUUGCGUUUUGAUGAUGGUAGCUGGUGAGCCACCUGUGCACCAUGCUCCACCUGCCUAUCAUGCACCCCACCACCAGCCUCAUUACCCUGAGGUUCCUCCCAAAUAUGCUUUCAACUAUGGCGUGGUGGAUCACUACUCAGGCGCCAACUUCGGUCAUUCAGAAACCCGCGACGGCUACAAGACCGAAGGUACCUACAACGUGGACCUUCCCGACGGCCGCAAGCAAACCGUCAACUACGCAGACAACGGUCAUGGUCUGGAAGCUGUGGUGAACUACGAGGGAGAAGCCCAUCACCCAGAGUACAAGCCUGCAUACAAGCCACAGUACAGGCCUGAGCACAAGCCAGUGUACGUGCCUUAGUGCAAGGCCACCUAACCAGCCAAAAACCUUACCCACCCUCUUCAUACUUUGAGUAAACAUCAAAUCCUAUGUUAUGUGUUAUGUGUGAUGUUUAUGUAGGUGUGAGGCUAC